UGCUAAAUUGGUAAGUCAGCGAAAACAUUGUUAAUUAAUUCUAAAGUCAAUGAAAGUUUGGUGUUUUUUUGGCGAGCCCCAAAGUUCAUGUUUGUUUUGGCAAUUCGUGUAAAAUUGAGGUUUUUUUUGGCCGAAUUCCCUAAUUAAUUUAGAAGUUGUGGAAAGUUAUAAUAUGAUUGGUAGGGAGAGGACUCGAGAAAAAGGGUUGGGGGGCCAGCCAAUGGGCCCAAUUUCUUCCCCCAACAUCCCACAUGCACACUUCGUCUCUCCAUUCUCUUUCAUUCCGUAUUUCACAAUCUCACUUACUCAUUGAUUGUAAUGUAUUAACCUAUUACUAAUGUUUUAGUAAUCCAAGCGGUCGUAGACUCGUAGCUGGGUGGUAAAGAAAAAACUGGGCUAAAGCGUAUAUCUAUCAAUUUUUUAAAAAAUAAAAAAUCUACCAGUUUCAUUUAAAACAAAAAAAUCUAUCAGUUAUGUUGGAAACUAAAUUAUCAUUUGUUUGAUUAUUAUCUUAUUAUUGUAUUGAUUGAUGUCUUAUUUUACUAUGAUCCAAUUUAAAACCGAAAACAUUUAUUUAUUUAUUGUGUUUUUUUUAUUUAUCAAAUAUUAAUCUAUAGAGUUGGUUCAACAUCGGAAGCUGCUUCGUAUUAACGCCUAAACUAUAAAGAUUAAGGCCAAAUAUAAUAAGUAUAAACAAUGCAGCUUGUAAACCCUAUGGGGGAGAUGUUUCAUACUAAGGCCCAACACAAUGAACUUAAGGGAAGGCCCAAACAUAGUGUAAGGGUAUAUGCGUAAAUAAUAAUAAUCAAACGCAGCAAGUAAACCCUCUACUAAAACCCUAGACGCACUUGUAUAAAAAAAACACCCACAUUGCGCUAGGUUAAUUGCUUACGACGUCACUAAACUCUCCCUUGAAACUUGUCUCUUCCUUCUCAAGCAAACAUGAGAUCUCCUCUAACUGGUGGACGUGGUGGUGGUGAGUUCAGCGGUGGACGUGGUGGACGGGGAGGUAGCUCUGGAGGUAGAGGAAGAGGUUUUGGAGACCGUGGACGCGGCAGAGGCAUGAGAGGAAGAGGUAGAGGAGAGCCUGGUCGCGGAAGAGGAGCACCAGGACGUGGAGGAAUGAAGGGAGGCAGCAAAGUGAUUGUGGAGCCACACAGACACGCUGGAGUGUUCAUUGCAAAGAGUAAAGAAGAUGCUCUUGUUACUAAAAACUUGGUUCCUGGUGAAGCUGUUUACAACGAGAAGAGGAUCUCUGUUCAGAAUGAGGAUGGAACCAAGACUGAGUACAGGGUGUGGAACCCUUUCCGUUCUAAGUUGGCCGCUGCUAUUCUCGGUGGUGUUGAUAACAUUUAUAUCAAACCUGGUGCUAAAGUUCUAUACCUUGGUGCUGCUUCUGGAACCACAGUCUCCCAUGUAUCUGAUAUAGUUGGACCUGAGGGAUGUGUUUACGCGGUUGAGUUUUCUCACAGAAGUGGUAGAGACUUGGUGAACAUGGCUAAGAAGAGAACUAAUGUUAUUCCCAUCAUUGAAGAUGCUAGACACCCUACUAAAUACAGAAUGCUCGUAGGCAUGGUUGAUGUUAUCUUCGCUGAUGUUGCUCAGCCUGAUCAGGCUAGGAUAGUGGCUUUGAAUGCAAAUUUCUUCCUCAAAACAGGAGGUCACUUUGUUAUCUCAAUCAAGGCUAACUGUAUCGACUCAACAGUUCCAGCAGAAGCUGUGUUUCAGAGCGAAGUGAAGAAGCUGCAACAAGAGCAGUUCAAGCCAGCAGAGCAAGUGACUCUUGAGCCAUUUGAGCGUGACCAUGCUUGCGUCGUUGGUACCUACCGUGCGCCUAAGAAGGUCAAGGCUGCUACUGCUGCUUAGUAGUUCAGAGAUUCCUUUUUUUUUUUGGAUUUGGUUCACUCCUUUUUUUUGUUCCUCAGAUUUUGCUUCUAUCUUUCCUCCCUUUAGAAUCUCUAAGGUUUUAGGUUUUUUAUCCAAGUUUUGAGUAUGUAUACUUUUUGAAUCUUGUUAGGCUUUUUAAUCCUGAACUUAUUUAAUCAGAACUGGAUUUUAGAAAAAGUUCUAUAAAAUUUCCCGACUUGUUUGUUUGAAUUAUAAUCAUAAAUAUAACAUGAACCGACUUUCACCCUCGUGGUGAUGAAUGAAUGUCAAUGGUGAGGUUAAAAAAAAGAGAAAAUAUAUUCUUGAACCAGGGAUUUGCUUCGUCACGGCCAUAUCCACAUACCACCAAUACCUGCAACUGUAAGCAACUAUGUUUAAUGAUGAUUCACAACUCUUUAUUUA